AUGGAUACCAAGAAGGAAGCUGUUUCCGUCGUCAAUGAUGGUUCAAGCACCGAAGGGAGCACUCCUGCCGCGGGAGAGACGACCCCAUUGUCUCCCCCAGAUCCCGGCCUUGCGAAAAGCUUACAGUCUCGCCAUCUCAUCUUCUUCUCACUCGGCUCCUCAAUCGGCCUUGGGCUCUGGCUCGGAUCAGGUGCCACGCUGGCGAAAGGUGGCCCCGUGAGUAACGUGUUGGGCUUCCUCUUGGCCGGACUCAUCUCUUGGGCCGUUGCACAGGCUGUCGGGGAGAUGGCCUGCAACUACCCGAUCCCUUCGGCCUUUCCACGGUGGACAGAAAAAUUCCUUGACAAAGCUCCCGCCUUCGCCCUGGGCUGGGCAUACUGGAUGUCGUCCACCCUCGUGCUGGCGGCUGAGAUCCAAGGUGCGUGUAAUGUGAUCCGAUACUGGACCGACUCCCUGCACGUCUCGGUGUGGGUGACUAUUUUCCUGGCCAUUAUUCUCUUCGUCAAUAUAUUCCACGUCAAGGUCUUUGGCGAGGUGGAAUUUGUCGCGUCCAUCAUCAAGUUCUUCUGGAUUUUUGUGGUCAUCAUCAUGUUCAUUGUGAUCACCGCUGGGGGCGCGCCCAACCAUACCACCACCGGCUUCCGGUACUGGCGGGAAACACCCUUCAUCAACGGAUUCAAAGGAUUCCUCAACGGCCUGCACAACUGCAUUUUCUCCAUGGCCGGCACUGAAUUCAUUGGCCUGACAGCCGCAGAAGCUCGGAAUCCCAGGAAGUCAGUCCCCAGAGCCGUCAACACCAUCUGGAUCCGACUUGGGCUGUUCUACAUCGGCGGUUCCUUCGUCACAACGUUGUGCGUGGACCCCCGCGACCAUGACUUGUUUGGUGCCUCGGGCACUAACGCCAGUCCCUUCGUCAUCGCCAUGCUGCGGGCUGGUCUUCCUAAUGCCGCUCAUGUGAUGAACGCCAUCAUCUUGCUCAGCGUCCUAUCCUGUGGAAACGCGUUGGCGUAUGCUAGCUCCAGAACUCCGAUCGGGCUGGCACAGAUAGGCAUGGCUCCGAAAAUCUUCCUGAAAACAGACAGCAAGGGUCGUCCGUGGCCAAGCAUCAUCAUGACAUUCGUUAUUGGUGGAGGCAUCUCCUACCUCAACGCCACCGAGAGUUCCUACGAGGUCUAUGCGUGGUUGGCACAUCUGGUCGGUCUCUGCGCGCUGUUCAACUGGUCGAUGCUCUUCACCAACCACAUUCGUUUCCGCAAAGCAUGGAAGACUCAGGGCUACACCAAGGCUGAUCUCCCCUGGGCGACCAAGUACUUCCCGUGGUCCUCCUUCAUGGGACUCGGGCUAUGCCUCCUGCUCGUCGUCAACGAGUUUUACCUGGCCGUGUGGCCUCUGGGACUGCCAUCUUCGGCCAAGAAUUUCUUCUCCAAGUACGUCUCCAUCAUUGUCAUCGGCUGCAUGUACAUUGGCGCCAAGAUCUAUUUCCGUGGCCCGUUGUACCUCAAGAGUGAUCAAGUCGAUCUCAUCAGCGAGCGCCGGAUUUAUUCGGCCGAGGAUCUCGAAGAGGGUGACGAAAAGAGAACGUUUGCAACGAUCAAGGACUUGGUGACAAAACCAAUGAAGAAGAUAGGCAAUUAA